GAUUUUUCACGACUCCCGCCAACCCGUCAAAAGCCAGCCAGGAAAUCGAUCACGCGGGUGUGAAAAGUUGGCUUCGCCGCAAGACCUCUGAAUCCCUCAAGACGGACCCAUAUUCCCUCUGUUAAAGCAAGCAGGCGGAGAGACAGGAGGGCCUGCCUGCAAGCCAUCAUGGCAUCCAUCUCCGACCUGCCGCCAGAGCUGCUGGCUCGCAUCUGCGAGUUCAUCUCCAGCCAGUCAACCCUCGCGAAGCUCGUGCGAUGUUCGCACCAGAUGUGCAGCGUGGCACUGCCCCACUUGUACCGCUCAAUCGAGCUCUCGCGCACGCCAUGGAAGGACGAGCUGUGCCACCUCGAAAUCAUCACGGCACUUCUCGUGAGGCAACCCGAGCUUGCCAAGAGCGUGCGGCACCUGGGAAUACACGAGAACAGCACGAGCUCUCUCCGAACCUCCCACACGCCCAGCGGUCACUUCUCGCCCGAGAUCGAAGACGUUGCAAGGCAGCUUUCUCAGCAGGUCGGCCUUAUCUCCGUCGAUCCCGCCCCCAGCGAUGUGGACCACGGUGGCGAAGCCGGCCCAUCCGAGGCCGAUGAGCAGGUGUUUGAGAUUGAGUCGGAAUUUGAGGAUGAGUUCCUCGAGGUAGGAUCAGACUCCGACUAUAGCGAGUGGAACACGACCGACGGCAGCGAGGACGAGGACGAUGGCUGCAACUCGGAGACCGAGAUACCGACCACCGUCGACGCCGCUCUGAGGCUCGCUCGCUCCUCAAGGUCCUUCCGCGAGGCUCUGAUCCUGGCCAUACUUAUCCGCAGCCUCCCUCGGCUGGCGAGCAUUGACUUGGAGCUACUGGAUACUUCGUGCUUGCGAUUCGUGCACUACUUCAUCCGAUCUCCCCUCGGCUCGAGCAUGUUGGCCAAUGUCACCAAAGCCUGUUUUGGCUCCUCGAGGCCGGAAAAGCACCUCGAGCUCUGGCGCGGCCUCUUCACGCUGCCUGGGCUUGAAUCGCUCUACCUACACCGUGUAAUUGCGAUGCGCAACAGGGAGACCCUGAGACCGGCUACUGAAUUGCAACCCCUCAGCCUGGACAUUACACAUCUCGAGUUGCGCCAAUGCAGGAUCUCGCCCUUUGAGAUGCGGCGUAUCCUCGCAGCCCCCAAGGCACUGAAGACGUUCAUCUAUGAUAUUGGUGAGAUAACCUCGGAAGCGGAACCCAUCUUCCUCAUCAGCUACAGAUCGGUGAGGGAGGCCCUAGAACAACAGAAGCACAGCCUGGAGCAGGCUUGGAUUGAUUAUCCACACGAUUACGAAUUCGACGAGUGGGGUGCUAACAACUACACACGCCCAAUUGGAAGCCUCGCGCCGUUCACGAAGCUAAGGCGGCUUCGCAUUGCCAGCACAUACCUGUUCGGAUUUGUCUCCGACACGGACCCCGACCGGCUGAGGGACUCGCUGCCUGAGCAGCUUGAAAUGCUACACCUGACGCACGGAGACGAGGAUGAAGAAUUGACAGUUGGCCUACGGAGGCUCAUCGAGGCUAAACAGCAAGGUCGGUUUGCGGACCUGAAAGAGCUCCGAGUUGACGUGUCGGUGCCAUGGCUCAUCCGACAUGGGCAUCCACCAAACGCGGACGAUUCGCGCUUGAACAAGGACGUCAUGAUGACACUGACUUCCAUGGCCGAAGUCGCGGGUAUUAACAUGUCCAUCUUCAGCAAUGUCAGCCAAUCCCGUACGAAGGACCUCCUCCGCCGGAUACAGUCUGCCAGGGUGGGUUGGACGGGCCCUGAGAGGAAGGAGGCGAGUUGGGGCUUUGACGGAGAGGUUGAAUGGCCAAGACGGAUGAGCGGGUGUAUGCAAAAGCCGGACUACCCGGAGCUCAAGAUCGACCAGAACGGGGACAUACACGGCCUGAAGCCAGAUCCGGUCUCCUGAUUAGAUAUUUCUCGGCUGCCGACAUGAAACAUCUCUCUCCCUUUGCAAGAGGCAUGGAACAGUCUCGUCCUGCUGUGGCUGGUGAUUAGCGCAGAGUUGAGGAGCUUGGUGUAUCACGUUCUCCCGUCGCCGUGGAAGACAUGCGGGAGACAUAGCCUUGGAUACGCCCCCG